UUUCCCUACCGCGCGCAUGUUUUGUUCCUCACGGUCUUCCGUAAGGGAUUCGUUUUUCGCGUGUCCUGUAUUUUUUUCUUAGCUGCAUAAUUUUUCUACUUUCAGAGCUAAAUAGUUAUUUUUUAAUCAUAAAAAUUAGCUCACGAACCAGUGCACUGAAAUUGUUUCAACGAUCGAUUUACAAUGUCGGAUGACGAUUGUCCACCCCUUUGUGAAAUGGAAAUGGGUGGUGAUUCAAACGGUGAGGAAGAGGAAGCUGAUGAGUGGGAGAUUGCAGAAGAACAGAACGAACCAGUGCGGUGUCUGUUCUGCGAGCAGAUUUCUCCCACUAUGACGACCGCCAUCCGGCAUGCUCGGGAACGGCACGAGUUCGAUUUAGCGGAAGUCCGUCGAAGGUUUCAUCUGGAUGAGUAUUCGUACAUAAAGAUGAUCAAUUAUAUUCGUUUGGAAAAACCGGAUCCUGCAGUUUUUAAGAGCGAACGCAGUGUGUUCUGGUUGGACGAUAAGUACUUGAAACCAGUCGAGAACGAAACCUGGCUAAUGUUUGAUCUGGACGAGCUGGACGAGAUUUUGCUGAAUGGGAAUGGUACCGGUGGUGAUGGUGGUGGAGUUAAGGAAAAUGGCAACGAUAUCGGGGAGACGAUUACGUUGACUACGGAUCAGUACAGGAAGUUGCAUGGAAUUAUCAACGAAUUAACGGCGCAACUGAGGGAGAAGGAGAACUUACUUCAGCAUGCCGCCAGUGAUAUUGAGAAGAUGAAGGAGAGUUUUAGAAAUCUUUUGGAGCAGCAAAGUGAACAGAAUGUUGCUGGGAAGAAAAAAUGUUCGAAUGACAAAAUUGCACAAAUUAGGGAGGAAUUGAAGCAUUGUGUUAGCACCGUGGCUGUAGAGGACGAUCAGAGUUAUUUUAAUACCUAUUCGCAUUUCGGAAUUCACCACGAUAUGCUUAGCGAUUAUGUUCGCACGGCCAGCUACCGGGAUGCAAUCAUGAAUAACGGAGACAUUUUUCGAGAGAAGACCGUACUUGAUUUGGGGUGUGGUACUGCUAUAUUGUCCAUGUUUGCCGCUAAGGCAGGCGCGAAGGAGGUAAUUUCGGUCGAUCAAUCGGAUAUUAUCUACCAGGCGAUGGAUAUCGUUCGGCGAAACAAAAUCGAAAAUAUCAAGUUUGUGAAAGGUCGUCUGGAGGAUAGUGAACUGCCAGUCGAGAAGUUUGACAUAAUUGUGUCGGAGUGGAUGGGUUACUUUUUGUUGUUCGAAGGAAUGAUGGAUAGUGUAAUCUACGCUAGGAAACAAUACCUUAAAGAGGGAGGUUUUAUUCUACCUAAUAGAUGUAACUUGAGCUUGGUUGGUUAUGGAGACAGAGAACGUCAUGACGAGUUUAUUGGUUUCUGGAAAAAUGUUUACGGGUUUGAUAUGUCGUGCAUGAAGAAGGAGGUGCUACGGGAAGCAACCGUAGAAGUAUGCAAACCGGAACAUGUCAUAACCAAUGCGAAUAUCAUCGCUAAUUUCGAUCUGAUGGAGGUAGAUGUGGAUUGUCCAAACUUCAGCUACAAUUUCGAGCUUGUCGUCAAACGAAAAUGCAAACUGACUGCCCUGGUCGGUUACUUUGACACGUUUUUCGAACUGCCCGAGCACGUGGAGUUUUCCACCUCGCCGUACACAAAGCCAACGCACUGGAAGCAGACAUUAUUCUACGUCGAAGAGCCGAUAGCGGUAGAGGAGGGUCAGGUCAUCAAAGGUAAGUUCAUUUGUAGGCGAGAUCCAAAAGAUGCCCGAUCUUUGUUCAUCACAAUCGAGUACCUCGGGAAGGUGCUUAAGUACGCACUUAAUUAGCAGAUUGGGAUACUCAUUCUGCUCAACUAAUCGAAGAAUAGUUGUUCAACCACAUAGCUUUAAACGACCGUAUAGCCGGCUAGGAGCUUGAUACAGAUUUCAAUUUACCGAUAUAUGUAUAAAUCAAUGUAGUUUAGUAGUAAUCAACACAUGGACAGUGGUUGUGAGAUAUAAAAUAAGAUCGUGCACGGAAGGCAAAACAAUCCGCAAAGCAUUGCUUUUGAUUAAUCCUAGAAUGGUAGUUUGCAUUUUCUUCCAAACUUUUAUAACAAUCGACCAAACCUAGUAAUGUUUUCAGUAAAGCAGAAACUCACUAGACAAUCAGUUUUGGUAGAUAAAAUGCCACGCAUUUCGGAAACUCCUAAAAACAUUCAGCUUUUCUAGCGUUUCAGGUUUAUAGAUACGUAGAAACAUAUGAAACUAUCUACAAUCGGGCAAUGGUCCCCUGCUUCUUUCAUGCGUAGAUUUAGGGUAAGUUGAAACCACACACCGAAAAGCUUUAAUUUUCAAAAGACUUUCGACUUUUGUACACACAAUGUUUGAUUCCUUAAAAAAAGGAUAUUUUUGAUACAAAACCAAACAAAUUUUAUUUACUGUUAUAAAACCUAAUCAAGGCCGCAAAUGUCGCGCUUCCAUAGUGAAUAUUAAAAAAAAAGAAACCUAAUCUUCUAUGACAUAUUUAUGGUCAAAUAACUACUUUAAAAUAAAAUGUUGAAAUAUUUAAAGGUAAACGACGAAACACAUAAUUAUUAAAAACUCUAAAAUAUUACUAACAUAUCGUAUGGAUCCAAUAAACUUUCUAGUUGCUCUGCUGAAGUAAGUAGGAAUAGUCCCGCGUACGUUGCAUUUUUACGUUAUACGUAGAUAGGUGAUUUUAAAAUCACUAAAGCACACAAUAAUGAAUUAACUCUUGUCAGGAAUUGCACGAAAUCUUUUUAGUAAUUGUCUCCAAUUACUAAUCAAUUAAUUUAUAGCUAGAGAAGAUCCCGAACACCUCAACCUUAUAGUCUUAUUGUCGAAUAUUGCACAAGCAACAGUUCUUUUUUUUGGUUUCGAGUACCAAUCCAAUGCAAAUAGGUUAAUCUGUUUAACUUGGUUAAUGAUAAACUAUCGGAUAAAGACUUGGUGAUGGCAUUAAUAACAAAAAAAAUUUUGGCGUUCGUCAGUAUGGCUUAAUAAUACAAAUUAAUGGGACAAAACUUACACAGUAAUGCUGGUUUCGUUUUUGGAUUCGAGUUACUUUAAUGUUGAAAAAUCCAUAUGAAAAUGGCAGUUUCGAAUAAAUUAACAGCGAUACUGAUCCAAAGACGAUACCAGCUCAAGAUUAUGUACUUCGACUAUUUCCAUUCGUAUUUGUUGCGACAAUGAAUAAAGAUUGCUUAAUGCAACAGUUCAAA